UAUAAACCAUCAACGCCGAAGUAAACAAUUCGUGGUUUCGUAUCUUAUUUGUUUGUUUUAUAUAAAAAUGAGCAAUAUUUACAUUCAGGAGCCGCCUACAUCUGGCAAAGUGCUGUUGAAAACCACAGUUGGUGACAUCGACAUUGAGUUAUGGGCCAGAGAGUGCCCGAAAGCAUGUCGCAAUUUUGUUCAGCUCUGUUUGGAGGGCUAUUACAAUGGCACGACUUUCCAUAGGCUAGUCAAAGGAUUCAUUGUGCAAGGUGGAGAUCCCAAUGGCGAUGGUACAGGCGGAGAAUCGAUUUAUGGUCACCCGUUUAAGGAUGAAUUUCAUUCACGUUUGCGCUAUUCGCGUCGCGGAUUGGUGGGCAUGGCGAACUCGGGCAAGGAUGACAACGCCUCACAGUUCUUCUUUACCUUUGCGCCAGCGCCAGAGCUGGAAAAUAAAAAUACUCUCUUUGGUAAAGUCACUGGUGACACGGUGUUCAAUAUGCUCAAACUGGAGGAGGGUAUCGUUGAUCACCAGGAGCGACCAAUGUAUGCGCAUCGCAUAAUUUCUGCAGAGGUGCUCAGCAAUCCCUUCAACGAUAUUGUGCCACGCUCCCUGCCAAAAGCAACAAAAGUGAAGAAAAGCAAGAAAGAAAAGCAGGGAGUGAAAAACUUUGGACUACUUUCGUUUGGAGAGGAGGCGGAAGGAGAUGAACAGGAGACAACAAUUUUUGUUAAGCAAAAUGCUGGCAAAGCCAAAUCUUUGCAUGAUGCAACAGAUGAUCCAAAACUGAGCAAGGAACCCAUUAAAAUGCCCAAAACAGAGCCAGAGCCAGAACCAGAGCAGAAUGACGAACAUUUAUCAGAUGACUGCGAGGAGGAGACAUUUGCUAAGACUUCAAUUAAUGCAGAGAUUGUUAAAUCUAAACUGGCUAGAAGUUCAAAAGCCACUUCGGCAAAGCAGCCAAAAUAUAAAGAUAUUAAAAGUGAAUCUGAGGAAGACGAUGACGACAUUCUGAUGACCCAAGAGCAGGAACAAAACCAAAAAAAAUCAAAAGAAAAAUCUAAAAUCCGGGAAGAAAUUGCUUCACUGAAACGACAGUAUCAAAUGGAUAAAGUCAACAAGGAUAAGCAAUUGUCUAAAGAGCCCGAAAAGAAUUCUAAGAAAGAAGACAUUAAAGGAGCGAGCGAAAAUCAAUAUAUUAAAGAUUUUAUACAAACAAAAGAAAAGUAUACGGUUAAAGCAAAAACGGUGCUUAAGGGACAAGGAAGAGAGGAAUUUACACUGAGUUUGUUAUCCAAAUUCAAAUCCAAAUUGGACAAUCUUAAAUAUAAAUCUUCGUCUGAUGAUGCCGACAAGGAACCUAAGCCAGUAGACGAUAACGAAGUGGAAAAGGAAAUCACUGGGGAUGACUGGUUGGCACACACUUUAAAUUUUAACAGUAAUGUUCCUGUACUGGCCAAAGAUGCGUCUACUAAAGGUGAUGAUUGGUAUGAUGUAUACGACCCGCGUAAUCCGCUUAAUAAACGUAAACGUGGUGCAACAGAUCACUCUAAAUCUUCACAGAAGUUCAAAUCCUCUAGAUAA